AUGGAAAUCAGAUUUUGGGACACUAAUGGCUUCCCAUUCAGGAAUUUUGACAAAGACAAAGGUUUCCCAAGAGCAGUAAAGGAGCAACAUUUAACAAAAAUAAUUCAGAUUCAGUGUUCUAUGCUAAGUAAGAAGUUGUAUCUUGGGUUGCUGUGUGUAGAUGUGCCAGAAUCUGAUGGUGGAACAGGGCUCGAUUAUUUGGCUUAUGCAGUAGCCUUGGAAGAAAUAUCUCGUGGAUGUGCUUCCACAGGAUGUAUCAUGAGCGUUAACAAUAGUUUGUAUCUUGGACCUAUAGAGAAGUAUGCAACUGACAAACAGAAGGAACAGUUUUUAAAACCAUUCUUAAAUGGAGACAGGGUUGGAUGUUUUGCAUUAAGUGAACCAGGCAACGGAAGUGAUGCUGGAGCAGCAAGUUGUACAGCAAGAUUGAUACUGUCGCAUUCCAAGGGAAAAUAUGCGGGAGAGCCUGGCUUUGGUUUUAAGAUUGCUAUGAAUUCUUUCUGUUAACAGGCGGCCCUUGAAUGUGCCAUUGAUUAUGCCAACAAACGUAACAGUUUUGGCAUGCCAAUUUCUAAGCUGCAAGCUAUUCAGAUGAAACUUGCUGAUAUGGGCAUGAGGUUAGAAAGUGCUCGACUUCUUACAUGGAAGGCAGCCAUGCUGAAGGAUGCAGGAUUGCCAUACACAAAGUUAGCUGCCAUGGCAAAACUAGCUGCUUCAGAGACGGCGACAUACAAUGCUCAUCAGGCAAUCCAAAUUCUAGGGGGAAUGGGCUACGUCACUGAUAUGCCUGCUGAACGCUAUUACCGAGAUGCCCGCAUUACUGAGAUCUAUGAAGGAACGAGUGAAAUACAGCGUCUUGUUAUUGCAGGCAACUUGCUAAAAGAGUACUCCUAGAAUAAAAUUAAUAUUGAUUUUCCUUGAAAAUUGACCUCAUUGAUGCAGUUUAAAAAUGUGCAUAUAUUUCUGUGGGCAUGCAUGUGAAGGGAUGGGAGAGAGCAGACGAGAGAGUGGGAAGGAUCUUCAGACUAUAAAAACACUGGAGUCAGUAUUCAACCUCAAACGAGAUGCCCAUUUUAUAGCAUUCAUUAGAUUAUGGUUGUGGAUUUUUUUUCCCUAAAGAUGCCCUACUUGUCACAGUAUGUCUGUUAUAAUGGAAGCAUUGAAAUUUGGAGCAAAGGGAAAAGUUCCUAAUAGCUGAUGACAAGUGCAGAAAAAAAGAAAAUUGCACAUCUGUUUGAAGAAGCUGAAUAAAAAAGGCAUUAAAAUAUCUUAAAAUCAGGCAUUAUUGGGGUUUUUCUCCAUCUAGUUAUAGCUUAUAUAGUUGUCCUUUUCCUGCCAAAGGGAGACUACUUAUAUAUACGUUUAAGCUCGGAUACUUGAGGAUUAUGCUUUUGAUCUGCUGUGGAAAAGGAGAAUGUUGUCUUAGUUGUUAUCAGGCAGCAAGAACACUUUAUAAGAUCCCAGUAAUUGGUGUUAAAGCAGCCUUCACAACAUUCAUCUUACAGAUGAUGAACUAAUCUGACUGUGUGCAACUAAGCUUAAAAUUUUCAAUGCAGGGAUAGGAUGUACAAAAAAUCAUAGUCAUCAGUGGUAGUUUGAUCCCAUUUUGACCAACAUUUUUCUUUUUCUUCUUCAUCUAACAAGAGUGAAUCAAAUGCAGUAAUGCUAGUUAGCCAACACAUUCAUCAUUAUUUUUUCUGGAUGGUCUUAUCUCCAACUGUUUUUCACAGUUGUUUCAUCCCAUCAAAGAUCAGUGUAAAUUUAUGUAAAUAUGUAGACAUGAAACAAGAUAUGCUGCUGAAUAUAAAACAUUUAUGUAAAGUUCCUUUGUGUAAAUGUGUUUGGACCUUUUACUGGUGCUUUACACAGUGGAAAAAAGAAUUUUUCAAUUUCAUCCAUCUGUUGUAAUCUCUCUUGGUGAUGAAUCAAAUAUAUUUUGAGUGUACACCAAGAUAUAAAUAAGUGUACAUUUAAACUAUUUAAAAAUGUAAAGUUAGCAAUGUGAAGCAGGAACCCAAGAUAUAAAUAUUUGUGUGCUAUUGUAAUAGCUGCUUGGUGACACGUACACUGUACAGAGAUUCAAGUGUUAUGCGAGUGUUCAUUUUAUUACUUUUAUUCCAGCCACUUUUUUCCUGGACUGGAUCUAUAUUCAACGUGCCUGAAGGCACUUCAUUUGUGAGAGAUAUCAUUAAAGAACAAUAAAAAAGGGGUGUGUGUGUAAUGAAUUUGAUAACAUGGUUAUUGUUUAUUUUCUGUUUAUGGACCUCGAUCAGUGCUUUGGAAUUUUGUUGUACUAAUAAAGAAGUUUCUUGCAGUGAAA